CCAAGCCGAGUAACAGUCUUGCAUCUGAACCUUUAUUGCUCUCACUAUGACAAGUUAUUACCAUAGUUCCGGUUCUUCUUAUGGUGGUGGUUUGGGUGGUGGAGCUGGCGGCGGUUCCAGCCGCAUGUCCUAUGCCAGAGUUGGAGGAUCCAGCGUGCAUGGGGGAGCUGGUGGGGGCCGUAUAUCUGCCUCCUCUGCUAGGUUUGUAUCUUCCGGGCUAGGAGGGGGUUAUGGAUGUGGGAUAGGAGGCGGCUUAGGUGGUGGCUAUAACACUGGAUUUGUUUCUGGUGGAGGUGCUGGUUAUGGUAGUUGCUUUGGUGGAGGCCUUGGAUCUGGAUUUGGUGGAGGCAGUGGCUUUGGUGGCGGCAGUGGCUUUGGUGGAGGUGCUUUUGACUUUGCCAUGGGUGGUGGUGGCGGCGAUGGAGGCCUCCUUACUGGAAAUGAGAAGGUUACCAUGCAGAACCUCAAUGACCGCCUGGCUAAUUAUCUGGACAAGGUGCGGGCACUAGAGGAGGCAAAUACGGAACUGGAGGUCAGGAUCCGAGACUGGCAUCUGAAGCAGGCUCCCACCAGCCCAGCCAAGGACUACAGCCAUUAUCAUAAGAUAAUUGAGGACCUCCGUGACAAGAUUCUUGGCACCACCAUUGACAAUUCUAGGAUCAUCCUGGAGAUUGAUAAUGCCAGGCUGGCUGCUGAUGACUUCAAACUGAAAUAUGAGAAUGAGCUGCACCUCCGCCAGAGUGUUGAGGCUGAUAUCAAUGGUCUGCGCAGAGUCCUGGAUGAGCUGACCCUGAACAAAUCUGACCUGGAGAUGCAAAUUGAAGGUCUGAAGGAGGAGCUGGCUUACCUCAACAAGAACCAUGAGGAGUUAAUGAAAGAAUUCAGCAGUCAGUUGACUGGACAGGUCAGUGUUGAGAUGGAUGCAGCACCCGGAGUUGACCUCACCAAAGUCUUGACUGAAAUGAGAGAACAAUAUGAACUACUGGCUGACAAGAAUCGCAGAGAUGCCGAAGCCUGGUUCUUUAGCAAGACCGAUGAACUAAACCGUGAAGUUGCCACCCACACUGAGCAGAUACAGACCAGCAAGAGUGAGAUUUCAGAACUGAGACGCUCGAUACAGGGUCUGGAGAUUGAGUUGCAGUCACAGCUUAGCAUGAAAGCCGGUUUGGAAAACAACUUGGCAGAGACAGAAGGACGGUACUGCGCUCAGCUGGCUCAAAUCCAGAACUUGAUCUCCGGUGUGGAAGAGCAACUGGCCGAUUUGAGAAAUGACAUGGAACGUCAGAAUCAAGAAUACAGGAUGCUUAUGGAUAUCAAGACACGGCUGGAACAGGAGAUCGCUACCUACCGCAACCUGUUGGAUGGUCAAGACUCAAAGCUGUCAGGAUGGAAUCCAAAGGACGCAUCCUUUAGCAGCAGUGUCACCUACAGUAGUGGCGGCGGCGGCGCUGGUGGCGCUGGCGGUAGCUUUGGCGGCGGCAGCAGCAGCAUGACAACCAGCAGCAGCAGUGGCAAAGUGCGCGGAAGCAGUAGCGAAGAGAGAAGAUACAACUAAAUCUGCUCAGCACCGAUGUUCUGGUUCUGAAAAUUGCAUUCCGCUGCGGGAAGAUGCCUCAUGUGCUUACUGCUUCUCGAGGAAACAUGGAGCAUGUUCAGCAUGCACACAACUUGCUAAGAGAAACACCCUCCCCCUUGCCCAAGUGUGCCUCGGCUUGGCCGCUUUCUCAAUGGCAUUCUCUUCCCAGCUUUGUCUUGCUCCUCACAGCAGAUGCACUGUUCCGUAAUGCUCUUGAUAAUAAAAUGUCUCUUCAAGCUUUUUUUUUGCA